AUGAUCAAUGACAGUGAUGGUUCCAAUCGGAAUUCUGAAAAACAUGUCAUUCGCCCUGUGAGCCCUGUCAGAUCUGAAGAUAGCCCCCAAUUGAAGGACAUUGGUAUCGUGAAAGCCGUUGCCUAUGCAGCGUUACCAUCCUGGGUCAAUGUGGUCUUGAUGAUCUCGCUCAUAUUUGGGGGUUGCUGUGCAAAUGUCUUUGCCCUAGAAGCCAUCAUCAAAGAACAACCAACAUUUGGUCCCUUGAUCACCUUCGCUCAGUUCGUUCUAUGCAGCAUCUUUACCCUACCACACUUUUUCUCCCUCUCCGCCGGACCACGAGCUCUAUUUCUAAGUGGUCGAGUGAUACCAUUACAGUCAUGGAUAAUAUAUACAGCACUAUUCCUAGCGAUCAACAUGUUGAACAAUUGGGCCUUUGCAUAUAAGAUUUCUGUACCACUUCAUAUCAUUCUGCGAUCUGGUGGUCCUGUGGCAUCUAUGGUGGUUGGAUAUGUCUUCAAUAGCCAACGAUAUUCAAAGGGUCAAAUUGUGGCUAUUGUCAUGUUGACUGUGGGCGUGGUGGCUGCUGCAUUAGCUGACGCGCAAACCAAGGGCCAAUCCAUGGGAAUGGAGUCGGGAAAAGAUACUGAUAUAAUGACCACUGUCACAGGAUUUACUAUUCUUGCGCUGGCUACGGUCUUAUCAUCAUUUCAGGGAAUAUAUGCGGACCGUCUGUACGCGACCUAUGGACGAGGUCACUGGAAAGAGGCCCUCUUCUACUCGCACACACUAUCAUUGCCGAUGUUCCUGGCCAGCUACUCUCAGCUAUCAUCCCAAUGGCAAGCUGUAUCAUCGACACCCUCGUUGCUCUCCCAAUUGCCCGACUUCAACGCUACUUCAUCCUCUGGCAUCUCCUCUAGUACAUUGAGCAACACGGCACUAUCUAUACUGUCUAUGGGGCAAAAGUACACGCCAUUGGCUUUGCUCGCCUGUAUUCCCACUCAGGUCGCCUAUUUGAUCAUGAAUGCACUCACCCAAUACCUGUGCAUCAGGGGCGUGCAUCUUUUAUCGGCCAAAUCGUCUUCUUUGACGGUGACGGUUGUUCUGAAUAUUAGAAAACUGGUCUCGUUGUUGCUUUCCAUCUAUUUGUUUGGAAACCAUCUUGCAUCUGGAAUUCUCAUCGGGGCAUUAUUGGUAUUUAUCGGUGGUGGCCUUUAUGGCUUUGAAGGAGCGCGACGAAGGAAAACUAUCACAAAGAAAACUCAGUAA